CAGGUUUCCCAGGAAGGGGCCUGGGAGGUUAAAAACCCACUCCUGCUGCUGCCAGCUUGCACUUGGUCUCCUGGAACACACCAGCAGCUAGACGGUCAGGCUUCUCUUCUCCAGUGAUACUUUGCACCCAGAGGCAGCCAACCUCAUCCUACCACCAUGGAGGCCAUUAAGAAGAAGAUGCAGAUGCUGAAGCUGGACAAGGAGAAUGCCAUUGACCGGGCUGAGCAGGCCGAAGCUGACAAGAAGGCGGCAGAGGACAAGUGUAAGCAGGUGGAAGAGGAGCUGGUGAUCCUGCAGAAGAAGCUAAAGGGGACAGAGGACGAGCUGGACAAGUACUCUGAAGACCUUAAGGACGCCCAGGAGAAACUAGAGCUGACAGACAAGAAAGCUACCGACGCCGAAGGAGAUGUGGCGGCUCUCAAUCGACGGAUCCAGCUAGUUGAGGAAGAGUUGGACCGCGCCCAAGAACGUCUGGCCACAGCCCUGCAGAAACUGGAAGAGGCAGAAAAGGCAGCCGAUGAGAGUGAGAGAGGAAUGAAGGUGAUUGAGAACCGGGCAAUGAAGGAUGAAGAGAAAAUGGAAAUUCAGGAGAUGCAGUUGAAGGAAGCCAAGCAUAUCGCAGAGGAGGCUGAUCGCAAAUAUGAGGAGGUAGCCCGUAAGUUAGUCAUCCUUGAGGGCGAGCUGGAGCGAGCAGAAGAGCGCGCUGAGGUGUCAGAGCUUAAAUGUGGUGAUCUGGAAGAGGAGCUGAAGAACGUCACCAACAACCUGAAAUCCUUGGAGGCUGCAUCUGAGAAGUAUUCUGAAAAAGAGGAUAAAUAUGAAGAAGAAAUCAAACUUCUGUCUGACAAACUUAAAGAGGCUGAGACCCGGGCUGAGUUUGCAGAAAGAACUGUUGCAAAACUGGAAAAGACCAUUGAUGACCUGGAAGAAAAACUUGCCCAGGCCAAAGAAGAGAACGUGGGCUUACAUCAGACACUGGAUCAGACAUUAAACGAACUUAACUGUAUAUGAAUCAAAAAAGAAGAAUUUUGUUUGCCAGAAACUCAAGAACUUCAUGUUGUCCCCUUCCCUUGUAAGAAGUUUCUUCUAUUAUUGCAUCUUUUCUUUACUGGAAAUGUCAAUCAAAUUAUGAAUACCUGACCAAUAUCUGUUAUCAGAGAGGCUUUGGGCACCAGUUAAAUCUAGUUCCUCCUUUCAAACAGCACACUAAAGCUUCUAGUUGGCUUUUUUUUUUUUAUCCUUAAAUUGCAUUUUUUUUUUUCCUUAGGCAGGCAGGGUAUUUAACUUAGGCCAAAAUCUCCAAGAUUGAGGGCAUUCUGUUACACUCUAGGCAAUAGCAGGGAACCCAACUGAGCUACUGGAUCAUGCCUGGGUUGAUUUCAGAACACAAGCAUUCCAUGUCACCCUUCGCCUUUCUACAGAAGGGCAGGGACCAUCUCAUAAAAUGGGUGGGGACUUUCCAUGCACAGUGAAAAGGUUGUUUUAGGAAGUCAUAAACCACAAAGAAUGGCCUAAUUAUUGUGCCCUUCCUCCCACUCCAUACUGCAGGGCAAACAUCCUCUGAGCAGUCACUGAGAAAAUACUUUUAAAAGAUAAUCGACCACAUCUAGAUUUUUUUUUUCUGGAUGAAUACUUGAGGUUCUGUUUUUGUAUUAGUCCAAAUAUAGAUGACCAGUAUAAAAACCCCAAUGUGGCCUAUAAUUGAUGUUACUUUCACUGUAUACCUAGACUUUUUUUUUCCUUGAAAAGAGAUCUCAUUUUAGUAUUUUAGGUGAGAUAAGCCUAUAUUUGGACCAGUCUAGUACUUUCCCAACUUCUCUCAUUUAGGAAUUGACUUCUGCAAAGCAACUGCAAGUCUCAUUGCAAAUAAGGAACAAUGUUUGUUCUGUUCCCUGAUUCUGUAUGGUUGAACAUCAGUAACAGAGUCAGCCAGCAAAUCAGUGGAAACUAUGAUAGCAGCCUGUCUCCCUGAUGGUCGGAGCACAGUAGUGCUUCCCAUCACUGGUUCCAGCCCUUUUUCAUGCCACUUUCUGUGUCCAUGAAUCUGCUGUCUAGAAAUACAAGACUAAAGGCUCCUCACUGUCACUAAAGGAGAAAGAACAUUUGAAUUGUCUUGAGUUCGUUUUAGAUUGCCAUGGUAUGGCAAAUGGUAUUCCAAAGGGAUUUUAAUCCCUAUUUUUGGGACCAACUUAAUAAAGACCAAAAACCUCCUGAUUCAACUGGAUUCAGAGAAUUAAACAGACAGUACCUAUUUGUUGUUGCUUAACGGUUUCCUUGUGUACAGCUCAGUGCUAAAACAUUCCUUAAUCCACCACAGUGUGGAACAGAUAUGAAGACUCAAGUUUACAGUUGUGAUUAAAAAUUACCCUGCUUCUAGUGUAUAAUCCCAGUCCUGAUUCCUAUUUAUUAAGCAUCACACUACCGAAAAACACACUAGGAAAUGUGAAGCUGAAUGAAACCAGUACUUCAUUUAGAUCUUUACCAAAUGUAUCAUAUGUAAUAGUAUCACCUUUUUCUAGCUUUUGGUCAAAUAAAUUUUUACAUAAACUA